AUGGGAUGCACAACUGAAAUGAAAUGUGCAUGGUUCAACACGAAAAUCCUUCCGGAACCAGAACAAUCGCUCGCUCUGGAACCGAUGGGUACAAGUCUUUGGCGGGCGUGGGCCGAAGAACAAAGAACGAACUACGGCUGUUCAGGUAGCGAUCUCUUAUCCGAAAACGUGAAUGCAGUAGACGAAAUCCAUAUGGAUUUGUCAGGCUCAACAUCGGACGAGAUAUUGCUCGCUGCACACUGCAAUCGAAGCUAUGUAACACCAAUCAGCAGCUGUGCAAGGCAGCCAGCUGGGAAAAAGCUACAACCUGGAGCGAUUCGAAUCACUAUCAAGAAUAACACUGAAAAGCAAACAAACAAUGCAUUGUAUCCAUUAUUGAUAGAAGAAGAGAAUGCCCCCGCAAAAAGUUUUCGCAUUCGUUCUACUGGCGGUCAAGGAGCUACGGUCGAUGGGACGAGCAGCGUUGAUCACGACGUUUAUCUGCUAUUGCAAGAAACGUCGACAAUUAUACAACAACAAGCCGCUAUUUGGGAAGACAUCCAGUCGAAAUCACGGAUAGGACCUCAAAGCGCCUGCGGCAGCGGACAAGGAGGCCAGGCAACUACCGAAUCCAGCGAUUGCUCCCACCUCACACCCAAAAACAAUGGCGCCGCUGCACCUGCCAAUCAGCGAUACUACGAUAUCGUCAACGCAACUUCUACCAAAUGCAGUGCGACAAGAGAUCCCCUACAAGAUCUGUGGUACAACCAGAUCAUCAACCAGCAUAAACUUCGAGCGGAAGGGGAUGGUCGGACACUUAAGAUUGCGCACAGUCAGCAUCACCUGGCCAAAGAAGAUCUCGAUGCAUGUGACGCGGUUUUAGUACAGUGUGUAGGGUGCAAUGUGAAACUAUCGGCAAUCAUUGAUGAGCCCAUAUUUUGUUGUCCUGAAUGUGGAACUCUGUCAUCAUUUUCUUUAGCCAAAAAGCUCGCUGGCCGAUACCACUGGAAAUUCAAGGAAGGAUUUAGCUAG